AUAUACUUUUUUUUUGUCAACGUUUUCAUUUUAUAAAAUCGAAAGCUUAAAAAGGCAAUUUUACAAAUAGACCCAAUUACAUUUCGGCCUAAACAAACCCCGUAAUUUUAAAGAUAAUGAUGAAGAGCAUGUUUGACACGUAGUCUACGCGUGGCUUUGUCUCUUCAACCCAUGGAAGAAAGAGCGGUGCCAGAAAACUCACUGGAAUCCCGACCAUCUUCAUCCCAAUUUGAUUCUUCAUCCCAAUUUGAUUGAGGCUGCUUGUAUGUACUUCUCGCUUUCAACCACCAUCAAUCUCUAGAUUUUCUUCUCUAGUUGUUAGGAUUAAGUCCAAAGAAGAGCUUUAGAUGAAACAAGAUUAGAAUCUUGUCGGAACGCUGACCUUUAUGGAAACUCUAACUCUACUAGAUUCCGGUUUGAAGCCCAAAGCAAGAUCCAAAACUCAGCUCUUGAAUCAUUGCAGAUACUUCACUUGACACCACGAAGCGUUUCUAACAAAGAGAGAACUCCAACCUGUCAAUCCAACGGAGUAAAACAAUAAUCCUGAAGGAGAAGAAAUCUUUAUUUGUGUUCAAUCCAAAAUCGUCUAAACGAAAAGGAAAUUUGCCAACGCGAAACUGAAAAUCGCCUAAAGCGAAUAAUAAAAUCGAUGAAAAGAUAUUUUACAACAAAAAGAAAGACUCUUCUCCUCUAGAAAAUUUCCCUCUUGUGAAAAAUAAUAUUAUAUAGUCGAAACUCGAAACUGGUGCUCUUAUCCCUAAAAGACAACUCACAGUAAAAAUGACGUUCCCACUUAAUAUUUUGUUGAUUUUCUUCUUUUCAUCUAUGUGGUCAAUCAAGGACUAUGCAGCUGAACUUUCGGUGUGAGAGAGAAAUCGCCGGCCAACCGUUGUGAACAGUGACAGUGACAGUGACGGUGACCAACACGUGCACCUCUCUUCAGGAGCACGUGACUCUGUCUUUUAGUGUGUUUUUUCUUGUGAACCCUGUCGAGCCAUGGCUUCUACUCCCACAAGGAAACACGUGUUUUCUGAUUAAAGGGCAGACUAUUCCAACGGGAACCACCGCUCACUUCACAGACGCCGGCCAGUCUUACAUCUUCAGACCAGUUGGUUGAGACAAGUAACCAUCAGAGAAGUAGAAAAACGUUAACUAAUGCAAAUUUCAUCUCUAUAUAUAAACAUCAUCAUCAAAAGGAGGAGUAUAAUAUCACCUCACAGAAAUAUAAUAAUAGUAAAAGAUAACAAAAAAAAAUAGAAUGGCGCUACAUGGAGAUUCUUCCGGCGAGUUUGACACCAAGUCUCCGGCGGACAAGUUAUUUACAUCUUUCACCGACGACAUAAACAGCACUUUUGACAUAAUAUCGAAUGAGAAGAUCACUGAGUAUGUGGGGUGGGAGAAAAGAACAGUGACGCUGAGUAUGAGUGGAAAUCUUGUCUCGGAUAGCUACAAGAAGUUCAAAGCAACCAUCACGGUAACUCCCAAGGCAUACGAGGCCGAUGGUAGUCGCGUGUUGUGGACCGUUGAGUUCGAGAAGAUUCGCCAUGACGUCGAAGAUCCAGUGUGGAUCAUCGACAGUCUUAUCAAUUACUUAAAGGAGAUUGAUGGAGUCUUAAUAUAUAGUCUUUUCUAAAUGAACUGGAACCUAAAUAUGUGUUGUCUACGUUCGCCAUAUUGGGGUGUAUGAACUACGUUUGAAGAUUUGUAAUCCUUCAUAAUGAACAAAUGAUUUGGGAAUCAAAGACCGCAUCCUUUGUUAUCUCCUCUUGGUCUUAGUCUCUUAUAGUUUCCAUUUUCCAUCUCCGUCGGACUACAAUCUGAAUUAGAACCAAUCCUCAAUAUGACACGGCCGGUUCAAGUACCUGGUAAACGUUGUAUUACUAUAUCUGAACCGAAUUCAUGGAGCCCAAACUGAAGGAUUAUGUUUCUUACUAUUCUUUAUUUACAAAAUCAACAAACCAAAUUU